CUGAGGGGAUCGGAACUUCCGAAAAAAAAACCCUAAACCCCCACCCACUAGAUUUGCGAGUAAGAGGAAAAAUGAAUGGUGUUUCUCGUCAUCUUCGAGCUUCUCCACUUCCUUCGUUGAUCCGAAGCUACGGUGGAAUCAAGUCGGUCUGUCGAUUUUCGUCUCAAUCAGAUGGCUUCUCUGGUGGGAGAGAGCAAGGACCAGUUACUGGAAACUCCGAGAACAAGUCCGCCCCACCGGAUCCUAAUGCUUCACCCUCCAAAACCUUCAGUGAAAUAAAAGCAGGCUUACUAAACUCCGGAGGAGGAGGAAAGGGCACCUCCUCCACCUUCAGUAGUUUCAGUGAACUGAGAUCAGGCCUUUUAAACAGAGCAGGAGACGGCGGCUACCCGUCUCCUAACGCUCCUCCCACCUUCAAGAAUCCCUUUAGAUCACGCUUACCAAACACCUUACCUUCUCAGUCCGGUGAAGAAGAAGGCUUACCAAGCACCGGAGGAAGCGGCUUCUCUUCUGCACCCGCACCCAGCUACCAAAGCUUCACUCAGUCCAACCUUUUCAAGGACAACUUCCGGACCGGUGGGAUUUCCAAAGACCUGGACUUUGUCAGGGGAGUGAUAGAGGAGGAUGAAGGACGUAGAGUCGCCACAGGGGGGCUCUUCUCUCACUUCCAUCGCCCCAACCUUGAGACCAACGCUGACAUCAUUCACAUCAAGCUGCUGAGGAACAACACUUUCGUCACGGUUACGGACUCCAAAGGGAACGUCAAGUGCAAGGCUACGUCGGGUAGUGUGCCUGACCUGAAAGGUGGGAGGAAGAUGACGAGUUACACGGCUGAUGCUACCGCUGAGAACAUUGGGAGGAGAGUUAAGGCUAUGGGUCUGAAGUCUGUGGUGGUGAAGGUGAAUGGGUUUACGCAUUUCAAGAAGAAGAGAAACGCAAUUGUGGCGUUUAGGAGCGGUUACUCCAAUUCAAGGAAUGAUCAGAAUCCUAUUGUCUACAUCGAGGACACUACUAGGAAAGCUCAUAAUGGUUGCAGAUUGCCAAGGAAACGUCGGGUGUGAGAAAAAAAAAAGGGAAAACGUGUUUGCAGAUUUGCUUUUGUUCUUCUAUGGUCACUAUAGAAACCAUUUGUUUUUGCUAAUCUUCUCUUUGUUUGGUUAUUACUUUUAAAUCCUGAUGGAAAUCGGGUUUGAAUUAAAUCGACUGCUUAAUAAACCGGAAAUUGAAAAACCGGAUCACUCAAUA